AUGUCUGCUUGGAAGAAGGCUGGUAUCUCAAUCAACAAGUACUUUGCGAUCUCUGCAAAGACCGUCACCAAGGCUUUGAAGCCAGAGCUGGAGACCAAGGCUGCCAGAAGAUACAUCACCGAAGUCAAGGUCCAACAGAUCAAGAACGGUGAGACCGUCAAGGUCACCGACUUGACCUCGGGCAAGGACCUCACCUUAGACGACGAAGACGGACGAUCGGUGGCGAUCCCGAAGAGAAAGUCGUGGAAGGAGCGAUGGCUAGACAUUUCUGCAGACGACUCGAACACGGCAACGUUCACGGAGGUGUGGCGGUUGCUCAAGUUGGCACGGAAGGACUUGCCGCUCUUCACCCUGGCAAUGGUGUUGCUCACCCUGUCGGCAGCCAUCAUCAUGGCCCUUCCUAAAGUCACCGGCUUGAUUUUGGAUGCAACGAAGAACUUCACCACCUUGGAAGACAUCGAUAUCUACGGCUUCUCGUUGGACGACUUCCUCUACAUCAUGGGUGGUCUCCUCCUGCUCUCCACCGCAGCGACGUUCUCUAGAAUCAUUCUGAUGAGAAUCAUCGGUGAGAACUUGGUAUCCCGUCUACGGUCGACCUUCAUGAAGAAAAUCUAUCUACAGGAUAUGGCCUUUUACGACAACAACAAAGUCGGAGACUUGAUCUCACGUCUAAGCUCGGAUGCAUAUGUGGUUUCCAAGUCCAUCACACAGAACGCCUCCGACGGUAUCAAGCACUCCCUCAUCUUGGCAUCCUCACUAACGAUGAUGUUUGUGCUUUCUCCGAAUCUCUCGUUGGUCAUGUUGGCGUUUGCCCCACCGCUGUUGUUCUUCUCCUACUUGUACGGCUUGAAGAUCAGGUCGCUCUCGAGACAGUUGCAGCAGGCCACGGGCGCGUUGACGAAGGUGAGCGAGCAGCAGUUGAAUUCGAUCAGAACGAUACAGUCCUUCACUGCAGAAGUCAAAGAGCUCCACCGCUACAACUCUAGAAUUAGAGACGUGUGGAGAAUCUCCUACAAGGACGCAGUCACCAACGCCACGUUUUUCGGAUCCACGGGCAUCUUGGGCAACGUGACGUUUCUACUAACCCUUGGUCUUGGUACCAGGUUUGUGCUCAACGGGUCGAUGUCCGUUGGCGACUUGACCGCAUACUUGAUUUACACUGAGUACUGCGGUAGUGCCACGUUUGGGAUCUCCAACUUCUACACGGAGUUGUUCAAAGGUGCCGGUGCCGCUAGCCGUUUGUUUGAGAUGUUGGACAUCAGACCAAGCAUUGACCCGAUUCACGGCCACCGCUUGGUGAUCUGCAAGGGUCACAUCCGAUUCGAAAACGUGGGCUUCACGUACCCAACGAGGCCGGACAACCCGAUCUUCAAGAACUUGUCUUUUGACAUACCGACCGGGUCGAACGUGUGCAUUGUCGGGCCCUCGGGUAGAGGCAAGUCCACGAUAGCUUCGUUGUUGCUCCGCUUCUACAAGCCGACGUCGGGGAAGAUCCUCAUUGACGGCCACGACGUCGAGGACUUCUCCGUCCACUCGGUGCGCCAGACGUUUGGCUUUGUGCAGCAGGAGCCGGUGUUGAUAGAGGGCACCAUCGACGAGAACAUCCGCUACGGGUUGCCCAACAACAUCGCCCGCCGCACGACAAGAGCCGAUGUCGAGUGGGCGGCGCAGAAGGCCAACUGCGACUUUGUCUACACGCUUCCCGAGGGCUUCAACACUAACAUCGGGCCCCGGGGCUCCUUGUUGUCCGGCGGCCAGCGACAGAAGGUGGCGUUGGCCCGCUGCUUGAUCAAGGAGCCGCCGAUCUUGAUUCUGGACGAGGCCACGAGCGCCUUGGACGGCAAGAGUGAGGCUGCCAUCAACGAGACGCUCGAGCGCUUGAUGCGGGUCGGCAACAUGACCACCAUCAGCAUUGCCCACCGGCUGAGCACCAUCGAGCGCUGCGACGACAUUCUCGUGUUGGGAUACGACGGCACCAUUGUCGAGCAGGGCAAGUUCCGGGAUCUCUGGGCCGACCAGAACAGCCGCUUGUGGAAGCUCCUCAACACUACGCCAAACCACAAGCGCCGGUCCGACGACAACGACAACGAUGAGGAGUACCGUCGCAAGCACCAGGGCCAGGACCAAAGCCAAGACCAAAGCCAGGGCCAGCAACAACAGAGUCCUCCCCACGACAAACCCAAGGCAGAGCAGUCCAGAGCUACGGUGUAA